AACUUCUGCAAUUGCGGCAUUACUGAUCAAAAAAUCUGUCGCGACAAGACUAAUAAUAGUCCCCUGAGUUAUAUAACAAAAUACGUUCCUCCUCAUCAUCGCAUCGGAAGUUGUUCAUCGAUCUCCAUAUUUUCUCUUCUACCCCACCGUGCCGCCGUUUCUCCUGCCUCGUUCAACCACCGCUACUUGCUGCACUAGUCACGACCAACUUACGUUCCUGCGUGCGCUGUUGUGUGUUGUUGGGAUACCACCUGACCUGGUCUCGGAUUAAGGGAACUACAUUUACUUACCUUGGGCUGCUCUCCGAUCAAAAUACUCUCACUUUUCCUUCCUCGUGUUCCUUUUUACCCCGCAUCCUCUUUUCUUUCCUCCCGCAGCCGCUGGUGGCUUUUUCUUUCCCUCCCUCCUCCACAUUUUUCCGACCUCUCCUCCUUCUUCUCCUUCUCCCCAUGACACAACAAAAGACCAUCGCUGUGGUAAACGCGACGGGCCGCCAAGCUGCGUCCUUAAUCCGCGUUGCCUCGGCCGUGGGACACCAUGUGCGCGCUCAGAUUCAUUCCCUCAAGGGUUUCGUCGCCGAGGAGCUGCAGGAGCUUCCGAAUGUCACCUUAUUCGAAGGCCCGCUGCUGGGCAACACUCGCCUGAUGGAUGCAUUGUUCGAAGGCGCCAAUCUUGCAUUCAUCAACACCACCUCACAAUCGGGCGACGAGGUCGCAAUCGGCCGCGACCUCGCCGACGCCGCCAAACGCGCCGGAACCAUUCAACACUACGUCUACAGCAGUAUGCCCGACCACUCCGUACACGGCCCCUGGCCUCCGGUGCCGCUUUGGGCCCCCAAAUUCACCGUCGAGAACUACAUCCGCCAGCUCGGCCUCCCUUCAACCUUCGUCUACGCCGGAAUCUACAAUAAUAAUUUCACGAGUCUGCCCUACCCUCUCUUCCAGAUGGAGCUCAUGCCGGAUGGAAGCUUCGAGUGGCAUGCGCCCUUUGAUCCGGACAUUCCGCUGCCCUGGCUGGACUCGGAGCAUGAUGUGGGACCCGCGUUGCUGCAGAUUUUCAAGGAUGGGCCGAAAAAGUGGAAUGGGCAUCGUAUCGCGCUCACAUUCGAAACCCUCUCUCCAAAUCAAGUCUGUGCGGCCUUUUCGCGUGCGCUCGGCCGUCCUUGUCGCUACGUGCGUGUUCCCAAGAUCGAAGUCAAAGUCAACAUCCCGCCGGGAUAUCGAGAACAGCUGGAGGCGAUUGAGGUGGUGUUUGGACAGUGCGACGCGCCUUACUUCCCACAGCCCGAGUUUUCCCGUCCGGCCGCUGGUUCCCCUAAGGGACUGGGGCCUGCCAAUGGCAAAGGCGCAGGCGCGGGUAUGAUGCAGGGUCCCGGAGGGGUGAUUUCGCUUCGUGUGACCGACGAGGCCCGGCAGCUGUGGCAGGGGUGGCGCGAUAUGGAGGAAUAUGCGCGAGAGGUCUUCCCGGUGGAGGAAGAGGCCAACGGAUUGGACUGGAUGGUGUAGCGGUGGGAAGAAGAAGACUGUUCCAGUUGGAUUCCGACGAGCACGUGCUCGCGGUUGUCGGUGAGUUUGGCUUGGGCCGUCACCUGAUCGAUGGCGCGAUAGGCUCGCGAUAAGGGCGAGGUUACACUCGAUUUGAAAGCCUGCUCAAACCCGGGCUUUGACCGGUCGGAAUUCCGCUCCAUUUUAAUCCCUCGCUCACGACAGGAGAGACGAGACGAGACGCUCACACCACUCUGCUCACCGAAUUGCAG